GGUCGGGGGCCGGGGGUCCGGCCACCGGCCUUGACGCGGCGGAGGCGCCGCUCUCUGCGCAGCAUGAGGGGCCCGCCGCCGCCGCCGGGAGAGCUGUGUUUGCGAGAGCGGCCCGCGGCGUGAGAGGGCUCGGCUGGACUUUCCUCGGAGCCGGCGGCGGAGCAGGCGAGUGCGCGCCGAGGAAACGCACCGGGGGCUCGGGCGGCGCUGGACGGGCUCGGGGGCGGCCACCGCUCCGGACCCCCGGGUGUUCCAGGUCUGGCCCCAGUGUCUGCGGUCAGCCUCGGGGCGCGGGGAACGACGGUAGAGUGGCGCUCAGACAUUACCCACAGUUGUUGUGAGCAUAUGGUGCCUUCCCCAGUAGACCGCCGGGGCCCCUGCUUAGGGAAUCGGUAGAGCUCGUGGCCUUCAGGUGUUCUUACUUGUGUGGGAACGGAUCCCAGUGUAACUGGUCGUCUCGCUGACAGGUCCCGGCCAGCCGGGGAGGGUUCCGAGCGCUCGGCAACAUGGCUUCCCCGCCCCACCAGCAGCUGCUGCAGCACCACAGCACCGAGGUGAGUUGUGACUCCAGCGGAGACAGCAACAGCGUGAGGGUCAAAAUCAACCCCAAGCAGCUGUCCUCCAACAGCCACCCCAAACAUUGCAAGUACAGCAUCUCCUCCAGCUGUAGCAGCUCCGGGGACUCAGGAGGGAUCCCCAGGAGAAUGGGCGCCGGAGGCCGCCUGCGCAGGCAGAAGAAGCUGCCCCAGCUGUUCGAGAGGGCCUCCAGCCGGUGGUGGGACCCCAAGUUUGACUCUGUGAACCUGGAGGAGGCUUGCAUGGAGCGCUGCUUCCCGCAAACCCAGCGUCGCUUCCGGUAUGCGCUGUUCUACAUAGGCUUCGCCUGCCUUCUCUGGAGCAUCUAUUUUGGGGUACAUAUGAGAUCCAAAUUGAUUGUCAUGGUAGCCCCUGCUCUGUGCUUCCUCGUGGUGUGUGUGGGCUUUUUUCUGUUUACCUUCACCAAGCUGUAUGCCCGGCAUUAUGUGUGGACCUCGCUGGUUCUCACUCUCCUGGUGUUUGCCCUGACCCUGGCUGCCCAGUUUCAGGUCUUGACGCCUCUCUCAGGACGAGUUGACAGCUCCAAUCAUACUCCUGCAGCCAAGUCGGCAGACACUUGCUUAUCUCAAGUGGGGAGCUUUUCCAUGUGCAUUGAAGUGCUCUUUUUGCUCUACACCGUCAUGCACUUACCUUUGUAUUUGAGCUUGAUUUUGGGAGUGGCCUAUUCUGUUCUUUUUGAGACCUUUGGGUAUCAUUUCCGAGACGAAGACUGCUUCCCCUGGCCUGGAGUGGGGGCCCCACAGUGGGAGCUGCUGAGCCGAGCCCUACUCCAUGUCUGUGUUCACGCCAUCGGGAUCCACCUGUUCAUCAUGUCACAGGUGAGAUCCAGGAGCACCUUCCUCAAGGUGGGACAGUCCAUCAUGCACGGGAAGGAUCUGGAAGUGGAAAAAGCCCUGAAAGAGAGGAUGAUUCAUUCUGUGAUGCCAAGAAUUAUAGCUGAUGACUUGAUGAAACAGGGGGACGAGGAGAGCGAGAAUUCUGUUAAAAGGCACGCCACCUCCAGCCCCAAGAACAGGAAGAAAAAGUCUUCCAUACAGAAAGCCCCCAUUGCGUUCCGCCCGUUUAAGAUGCAGCAGAUCGAAGAAGUCAGUAUUUUAUUCGCAGAUAUCGUGGGCUUCACCAAGAUGAGUGCCAACAAGUCCGCCCAUGCCCUGGUGGGUCUCCUCAACGAUCUGUUUGGCCGCUUCGACCAGUUGUGUGAGGAGACCAAAUGUGAGAAAAUCAGUACCCUGGGAGACUGCUACUACUGUGUGGCUGGGUGUCCAGAACCCCGGGCCGACCAUGCCUACUGCUGCAUCGAAAUGGGCUUGGGCAUGAUAAGAGCCAUCGAGCAGUUCUGCCAGGAGAAGAAAGAGAUGGUGAACAUGCGUGUUGGGGUUCACACGGGGACCGUCUUGUGUGGCAUCUUGGGCAUGAGGAGGUUUAAAUUUGAUGUGUGGUCCAAUGAUGUAAACCUGGCCAAUCUCAUGGAGCAGCUGGGAGUGGCUGGCAAGGUUCACAUUUCCGAGGCCACUGCAAAAUACCUAGAUGACCGGUACGAAAUGGAAGAUGGGAAAGUUACUGAGCGUCUCGGCCAGAGUGUGGUUGCUGACCAGUUGAAAGGUUUGAAGACAUACCUGAUAGCGGGUCAGAGAGCGAAGGAGUCUCAUUGCAGCUGUUCAGAGGCCUUGCUUUCUGGCUUUGAGGUCAUUGACGGCUCGCGGGUGUCCUCAGGCCCUAGGGGACAGGGGACAGCAUCGCCAGGGAGUGUCAGUGACUUGGCGCAGACUGUCAAAACCUUUGAUAACCUUAAGACCUGCCCUUCAUGUGGAAUCACUUUUGCUCCCACGUCAGAGGCUGGCGCGGAAGGCGGGGCGGUCCAGAACGGCUGCCAGGAGGAGCAGAAGAACAGCGCCAAGGCUUCUGGAGGGCCCAGCUCCAAGACACAGAAUGGACUGCUGAGUCCUCCCCCCGAGGAGAAGCUCACCAACAGCCAGACCUCCCUGUGUGAGAUCUUGCAGGAGAAGGGAAGGUGGGCAGGCGUGAGCUUGGACCAGUCGGCUCUCCUUCCGCUGAGAUUCAAGAACAUUCGGGAGAAAACAGAUGCCCACUUUGUGGACGUCAUCAAGGAGGACAGCCUGAUGAAAGAUUAUUUUUUUAAGCCACCUAUUAAUCAGUUCAGCUUGAACUUCCUGGAUCAGGAGCUAGAGAGAGCCUACAGGACCAGCUACCAGGCAGAGGUUAUAAAGAAUUCUCCCGUGAAGACUUUUGCCAGUCCCACCUUCAGCUCUCUCCUGGAUGUGCUUCUGUCGACGACAGUGUUUCUGAUUCUCUCUGUUACCUGCUUCCUGAAGUAUGGGGCUGCCUCCACGCCGCCCCCACCGGCUGCUCUGGCUGUCUUCUGUGCGGCCCUGCUGCUGGAGGUGCUGUCUCUCGUGGUCUCCAUCAGGAUGGUGUUCUUCCUGGAGGACGUGAUGGCUUGUACCAAGCGCCUGCUGGAGUGGAUAGCCGGCUGGCUCCCGCGCCAUUUCAUUGGGGCCAUCCUGGUGUCCCUUCCUGCUCUCGCGGUCUAUUCACACAUCACCUCCGAAUUUGAGACAAACAUACACCUCAGCUCCUGGAUGAGGUCCUCCUUAGCCACCAUCGUCGGGGCCGGGCCUCUGCUGCUGCUCUACGUGUCCCUGUGCCCGGACAGUUCCAUAGUAGUUUCAGACCUUGCUGCAGUACAGAAUUUCAGCUCUGCAAGGAGUCCGUGCAAUGCUUCGCUGCUGCACGACAGCAGGAGACCAGCCAGCCUGAUUGGCCAGGAGGUGAUUCUCAUCUUCUUUCUCCUGCUCUUGCUGGUCUGGUUCCUGAAUCGAGAGUUUGAAGUCAGCUACCGCCUGCACUACCACGGGGACGUGGAGGCGGACCUGCACCGCACCAAGAUCCAGAGCAUGAGGGACCAAGCCGACUGGCUGCUGAGGAACAUCAUCCCCUACCACGUGGCUGAGCAGCUGAAGGUCUCCCAGACCUACUCCAAGAACCACGACAACGGAGGCGUCAUCUUCGCCAGCAUCGUCAACUUCAGCGAGUUCUACGAGGAGAACUAUGAGGGCGGCAAGGAGUGCUACCGGGUCCUCAACGAGCUGAUCGGGGACUUCGACGAGCUCCUGAGCAAGCCGGACUACAGCAGCAUCGAGAAGAUCAAGACCAUCGGGGCCACAUACAUGGCGGCAUCGGGGCUGAACGCCACGCAGUGCCGGGAUGGCGGCCACCCGCAGGAGCACCUGCAGAUCCUCUUCGAGUUCGCCAAGGAGAUGAUGCGCGUGGUGGAUGACUUCAACAACAACAUGCUCUGGUUCAACUUCAAGCUCAGGGUGGGCUUCAACCAUGGGCCCCUCACGGCGGGCGUCAUCGGCACCACCAAGCUGCUGUAUGACAUCUGGGGCGACACGGUCAACAUUGCCAGCCGGAUGGACACCACGGGGGUGGAGUGCCGCAUCCAGGUGAGCGAGGAGAGCUACCGCGUCCUGAGCAAGAUGGGCUACGACUUCGACUACAGGGGGACAGUGAACGUCAAGGGCAAAGGCCAGAUGAAGACCUACCUUUACCCCAAGUGCACGGACAGCGGGAUGGUGCCGCAGCACCAGCUGUCCAUCUCCCCUGACAUCCGUGUCCAGGUGGAUGGCAGCAUCGGACGCUCUCCCACGGACGAGAUCGCCAACCUGGUGCCUUCCGUGCAGAACCCGGACCAGGCGUCCCUGGGUUCCGAUCACAACCUGCAGGCCAAGGACACACACCUGACUUCGAAGAGACCCUGGAAGGAGCCCAUCAAAGCCGAAGAAAGGUGUCGGUUCGGCAAAGCCAUAGAGAAAAGCGACUAUGAUGAAAUGGGGCUGGAGGAGACCAGCGAGCUCACCAAGCUCAACGUCUCGCAGAGGGUGUGAAGCAGCCCAGCGCUGCCCACGGUGCUCUGUCCGUCGAAACAGCCGUCUCCGUGCUUGGCUGUUGUGUGUUCCAAGCGCCACAGUUCCCGUCCCCAGACGCGGUGUUGUGUGGUCGUUGCAGCCCUAACUUCUGUGUGGAUCACAGUUAUUCAGGGUUCAUUUUCAUCCGAUGUCUCUGUCCCACCUUUAUGCCCCCGACCCCCGCCGUGGUGUGAUGUUUGUUGCUCAGAGAACAAGUGCCUUCGGGGGCUGGAGGCCUCGGGUCCGGGGAGGCAUGGCCUUGGGUGGUGUCCGACGUUUGAAACAAAGCUGUGGUUAAGAUGUUAUUUUUAUUGCUUUUUCUCACGAGACACUUUUUGUUUUAUCGCUAAUACAAUGAUUUUGAGGGUUUUUUUUUUCUGUAUACAUAAUAGUGUUUUCCAGUGACCUGACCUUUCUAUGUAAACACGCACACACACUUGCAUUCAUGAAUCUGAGGUCAAGUGCCAGUAAUUCACCAAGCGGGGAUGCUUGGGGGUGGGGAUCGCGGGGCUGAGGUGCCCCUCCCCACUCGCACCUUCCAGGGCACGCGGGCCCCACGCCUGCGGCUUUAGGGCUUCCUGUGCCUGCAGGCCGAGAUUCCAAAUGCUAAACAGUGUCACAGCUCGGGAACCCAGGCCUCAGGGAUCUCAAAGCCGUUUUCCAUUCUGCCCCCGCCCUGAGAGGGUCUUCCAUCUGGAGCAGAGGGACUGUGACUCGUCCAAGAGGGGCGCACAAAAUAAACAUCCGAGGGUUGCGUUUAUUUAUUUAUUUAUUUAUCAGGAACUGCGUGUGAUUCGGGGAGGGUUGCCGGGGUGGUUGUGAAGGGAGUAGGCGGGAAAGGGGGGUGGGCAAAGGCUCAGCAGGAGGAUGAGAAGAUGGUCACUCCUGCUUCAGCCACUUGGGGCCGCCUCCCCCGCAGUUGCAGUCAGGGCUGAGUAGGCCCUAAGUGGGCCCCCCACCUGCACGCUCCAGGUCCAGGGGGAAGCCCUCAGUCACCAUUUAAAAGCCCAAUGCUCCUCUCCUGCCCUGCACCCACGAAGUCUCCCCAUGGCUGGGGUGGGAGUAGAGCGUGGCUCUGCGGGAAGCUGGAGGUCUGGGCAGAGCAGCAGGGCCAUGCCUUCCAUUCUCUGCCUGGCGGGGCCUGCUGGUGGCAGGAUUGAGCCUGGUGAGUGAAUCCCAGCCCUCCUCAGAUGGAGCUCUUACACUGUAAGUGGGGACAGAUUCAUCUGGACAUAAAUGUGUUGAAACCGGGGAAGUCACUUCUGUGCCCUUUGUUGCUAAUCCUGCUUGUAAUUACAUUUCGCCACGUUGAGUCUGGAGUUUAUGUAGAGCUGACCUCAGGCCAGGGUUGUCCAGUCACAGUCAUAUGACACCUUACAGCUCAUGGGGUAACUUGAGGACCAGCUCCUUCCCUGUUUAAGGUCUUUACCGACGUGCCCUGUGCAUUCGCUUUUCACUGGUAAAUCUCUGUGCAGUUUUCACAUCUGCAUUAAGUCCUGUUAUCACUCCGCCUCACCAAACACAUUCAGAAUCUGGCCCUUCCAGCACCAUGAAGUAUUGAUUCUGAUCAGCCAGCUCCCUGGGCGCAUGUGUGGGACGGCCACCCGGCAGGGCGGUCACAGCCAGGAGCUCGACGUCCAGGGAGGUCUGCCUUCAGGUUCCACUGUCAGAUUGUUGGUCUUCCAGUGCCGGAGAAUGGAUGAUUGUGACAAUACCUCUUGCUUCUAAAGAAUGUAUUCUUCUAAAAUACCGCAGAAUUUUUAUUUCUAUUUUUUCUUAGAAACACUACCUGAUACUCUCAUCGUCUGUAAGGAUCGUGGGCGCAUCAGGGGUCCCUCCCAGCAGUAUUCCAGUGGGUGUUGAGUAUGGCCCCCUCCCUUGGCGCCUGGCUCCCAGCUCUGCAGCUUUGGUGGCAGCUGUGAGGGGCUGGGCGGUGGCCGAUGAGCAUCCAUGUCUCUGCUAUUUCUCUCACAACGCGCUCCACAAAGUUCACCUCUGCACACCCUUCCUCUCUAUCAGACUCUUCUUUUCCUUCCUCUCCUGCGAAGAUGUCUGUGAUUCCUGACCCCUGGGAAGCCGAGGAGCUGCAGACGUGGAGAGAGAGUGGUGACAUCUGGUGCGGUUCAGCACGGUGCAAACUGGAGCCUUUGAGGGACAGAUGAAAUUGUCUUUUAAAAACACCCUGAGCCUUCGUAAGCAAUCAGUACAGAUUUCUCCCUGGGCCACCAGUGACUCGGGGCCUUCCCAGUUCCUGCUCGGAAGCAUACCUCAGCGCAGAACCACAGAGUCCCUUCAGUGGCGGUGCUGGCCGUCUGACUGUCGGCAUGGAGCAGACAGUUUCUGAAGACAGGCGGGCUUCUUGGCGGCGGGGUCACAUGCUCCCGACUGACUCAGUGGAUGCGUUCUUCAGAGCGGCAAUACCUCCUGUGAACUUAGGGCAGGAAGCAAUACUUCAGAAUUGAAUGUGUGUAAAUAGUUGCUUUGAGUUGCAGUUGCAAAUUUCUUCUCGGCCUCAGGUCAGAUCAAAUUAUAUAUAUAAAAACUACAUAUAAACAAGCACACGUAAUUGUAUCUAAUGCAAACAAAUGCAGAGCAUCCGUUAGGAAACCCUUCUGGAGCUUGGAGGGCCACCCAGAUUAUGCAGCACCCACCCACAUCUCUGUCACCCUGACUGCACCGCGGAGACACCUGCACAUUUGCACUUGACAACGGAGAGCCAGAGGGCCGCGUGCUUCCCGUCACGUGGGCUGUAGGGAUGCGUACUUUCCAAAGACCUGUCUGCCUUUGCAUUUCUAGAUUUUUGAGGUAAGCACUUUUUGGUGAUUGUUUCGGGAAAUCACGUCAUGCCUAGAAUCUGAAAUCAGCGAGAACCAACUGUUUGCGUUCUCCAUCUUUCCUUUGCUCUUUUUAACUUGUUCAUCCUAAUAAUUUCAAAGUGCAUCCACUGAAGAAAUGGACAUUAAAAUACUCUAAAAUCUCAA